UCUGCACAUGCCAAAAUGGAAGAAAUCGACGACGGGAGCCACAACGAUGACGAAAAAUUAGAAGAUAUAGUGGCCAAUUUUGCAGCAGAUGAAUCAGCUGGACUAUUGGCUACGGCUAUAGUACCGGUACGAGAUACGACUGGAAGGGUGAUCCUGCUGCGAGCUUUAGUGGAUAAAGGAUCACAAGCGACGUUUAUCACGGAGAGGGCAGCUCAACUAUUUAAAGUGAAGAGGGAGUCUGUUAGAGGAAGAAUUACGGGCGUUGGCGAAACCAACAUGAGGGUUAAUCAUACCGUCCAAUUAGAUGUUCUUUCACGAUAUGAGAAUAAAUUUAACCUCAAUGUAAAGAUGUAUGUCAUGCCUACGCGAGUAACAAAGGUGCUGCCAUCCAAAAGGGUACCUAUAAAUGAAGAGUCAGGUGACUGGGCGCAUUUGAAAGAUCUCCCUCUAGCAGAUCCGACAUUUGACAAACCUGGAAGAAUUGAUUUGCUUUUAGGAGUGAAAGUAUAUUCCCGAAUCUUAAAAGAAAAAAUCGUCAAGGGUCCACCAGGAAAGCCGAUUGCUCAACUUACCAGCCUGGGUUGGAUUAUCUUCGGAGAAAUUGAUGAAUCAAACCCUCAAGAGGAUGUAAUAGCAAUGCAUCAUCACUUAGACCUGGAUAAUAUGGUGAAAAACAUGUGGGAGUUAGAAACACCUUUAAAACGAGCAUAUACCGCAGACGAAAGACUCUGUGAAGAAAUAUAUGAAACACUUCAUUCCAGGACUAAAGAUGGGAGGUAUGUGGUGAAGCUACCUAUGAGAAAUGACCCGCCUCAAGCAACACAAGGUAAUACCAGAAGCAUAGCUAUGAAACGACUUAAGCAGUUAGAAUCACGUUUUGAUAGGAUGCCUCAAUGGAAAACGGAAUAUACCAGAGUGCUUGACGAGUACCUUGCCAUGAACCAUAUGGAAGAAGUUCCAGAAGAGGAAAUGGAAGCUCCAGCUGUCUAUCUAUCUCAUCAUGCUAUAAUUAAAGAGGAGAAAGAGACAACGAAAUGUAGAGUCGUAUUUGACGCGUCAGCCAAGGGUUCUAAUAACAAAUCAUUAAACGAUGAUUUACUAGUCGGACCCCAGCUUCAAGAAGACUUGCGAAACAUUAUCAUGCGUUGGAGGAUGAGAAAGGUAUGUUUUGUGGCCGAUGUGGAGAAAAUGUACCGCCAAAUACUGGUAACAAAAUCGGACACUAACUAUCAACGACUACUAUGGCGUAGUAAUCCAAACGAAGAAGUUAAAGAUUAUCGCCUACUUCGAGUUACCUUUGGGACAGCAUCGGCCCCUUAUUUAGCCGUCAAGACGCUGCAUCAGAUAGCUAUGGAUGAAGGCAAGGACCAACCUAAUGCAGCAAGAGUCAUUAAGGAAGACUUCUAUAUGGAUGAUUUGAUAUCAGGGAAUGACAACGUGGACGAGGCCAUAACCACAGCACGUGAAGUAAAGAGCAUACUGCAACGUGGAGGUUUCCACCUACAAAAAUGGACCUCAAACAAACGGGAGUUCCUGGAACAAAUUGAAGCGUCGCAGAGAAGCUCGCGAGUUAAGAUGGAUAUCAAGUUAGAUGGAACGAUUCAAGCAUUGGGACUAUCCUGGAAUGUGGGCCACGAUACUUUUCAAUAUACAUUAGAGCUACCCGAAAUUCCUGAAAUUGUAACCAAACGAAAUAUACUCGCUCAAGUACAAAGAUUAUUUGAUCCUCUUGGUUGGUUAGCUCCUGCAAUUCUACCAGCUAAAAGUUUACUACAACAGUUAUGGCUUCUGGGUAUAAGUUGGGAUGAAGAGGUCAGUGUUGAUGUUAAGCAAAAAUGGAUAAACUUACGUCAAAGCUUUGAUUACCUCUGCGACAUCGAAGUACAUAGAUGGUUAUAUACGACUGAACGUAAUGUGAAAGCAGUUUCGGUCCACGGGUACUGCGAUGCAUCCACAAAGGCAUAUGGUGCCGUAGCUUACCUAAGAGUUGAGACAGAAGAAGGAGAAAUACGCACAGGCAUAAUUGCUGCCAAGACGCGCGUCGCACCUGUGAAACCAGUAUCUCUUCCAAGACUGGAACUGUGUGCUGCGGUGCUCCUGUCUAGACUACUCAAACAAGUAAAAGAAGCAAUGAGAAUACCCGAUACUCACGUAUAUGCCUGGACAGAUUCUUCCGUAGUACUAUCAUGGCUAUUGGGUGACCCUGGAAGAUGGAACGUAUUUGUCAGCAAUCGAGUCGUCGAGAUAUUAGACAACAUUGGCAAUCAAAGGUGGUACCAUGUUGCCUCUGAAGAUAACCCAGCAGACAUCGCGAGUAGAGGGACAACCCUUCAAAUACUAGCACAAGAUCAAAAAUGGUGGAAGGGCCCUAGGUGGCUACAGACGGACGACAUUCCAUAUAGAAGACCUGAAAUAAAAGAAACAGAAUUAGAAAGAAAGAGAAACAUACAAGUAAACGUGAAUAUAGAAAGCGAAGAACCUGGAAUUAAAUUUGAAGAUUUUGAUACCUUGUCAGAGCUUAUGAAGACGGUUGUGUAUAGCUUGCGAUUCCUUAACAGUAAGAAGAUUCCUGAAAACGUACAAAGGGAAUUAACAACUACAGAACUAGAAGAUGCUUUAAUAAGGUGUAUAAAAUUAGUACAAAGAAGAGAGUUUGGUGCGGAGCUAGACAAUCUAAUGAAAGGCAAGGAUGUAAAAAGGGAUAGCGCAAUAAAAGGGUUGCAUCCUUACCUUGAUGAGAAAAAUGUUCUCAGGGUAGGCGGAAGACUUAGGAAUGCUGACAUCCCGGAAGAAAGAAAACAUCCUAUUAUACUUAAUAGUAGAAAUGCACUGACCUUAUUAAUAAUAGCAGAUGCUCACCAGAAAACGCUGCACGGCACGAUGCCAUUAAUGUUUGGCUAUCUACGUUCAAAAUAUAGGAUCCUCAGAGUUCAAAAUGCAAUUAAAGCAUAUAUUCACAAAUGUGUUGUCUGCGCCAGGCAAAGAGCUAUUACACGAACACAGAUUAUGGGAGAUCUACCUAAAGUUCGCAUAACGCAAGCCCGACCAUUCUUGCAUAGCGGAGUAGAUUUUGCUGGCCCCAUACAGGUUUUGAUGUCAAGAGGCAGGGGAGCAAAACCUAAUAAGGCCUAUAUCGCAAUUUUUGUCUGCAUGGUCGUCAAAUGCAUUCAUCUCGAACUGGUUGGCGAUAUGACCUCAGAAUCCUUCAUAGGAGCCUUCAAGCGUUUUGUAGCUCGUCGAGGAAGAUGCACGCACCUAUGGAGUGACCAAGGGCGCAACUUUGUCGGCGCCGACAAGGACUUGACCAUAGCAUGGAAAGAAUCAAAUUUACAACUCCCAGAGCGGUUAGGUAGCUUACUUGCGGACGAUGGAACGCAAUGGCACUUCAUACCUCCAUAUAGCCCAAACUUUGGAGGUCUGUGGGAGGCUGGGGUGAAAUCAGUAAAAUUCCAUUUAAAAAGAAUACUCACCGCCAAUCUCACCUUUGAAGAGUUAAGCACGACGUUAUGCGAGAUUGAAGCGUGUUUGAACAGUCGGCCUUUGAUUCCUGUGGAUACAAGCGACCCAGAUGCCGAAGUACUCACACCUGGACAUUUUCUGAUUGGCGAGGCGCCAGUUACAAUACCUAACCCUGAUUUACGAGAGAUCAACACCAACAGGUUAUCACGUUGGCAAUUCACCCAAAAACUCGUUAGAGACUUCUGGCAUAAGUGGCAAAAUGAAUAUCUCUCCCGUCUUCAAGAAAGGCCAAAGUGGUUAAAACGAGAACGUGAAUUCGACCUCGGCGAUAUUGUAUUGAUAAAGGACGAUCAACUUCCCCCAGGAAAAUGGUCACUUGGUCGAGUGGUAGACAAGCACCCAGGUCCGGAUGGCGUGACUCGUGUCUAUAGUGUACGGGGUCGCGGGGACGUUACUAAACGUUCAGUGUCAAAAUUGUGUGAACUGCCUGUUAAUGCUAACGAACAGUAAUUGUGAUUUUGCAUUAUUUGUUGCAUGAUUGUCUUGUGUUAUGUUAUGUACCAAAAAUGCCCUUGAGUCUUUACUUUACCGAAAUUUUAAGUAAUUUCUUGUAUAAGAAUUGAACAAAUAUCACGAAUUACCUACUUAUAAUUAUUGUUAGUUCAUUUAUCUUGUUGAUGUAAUACGACGGGCUUUGAUAUGUUCUUACCCUUUAUUUUCUUAUAAUAAGUAAACUUGUAAGAGCGAACAUGCAUGUAUAUGUAUGCCUAUGAAUGCGACUUAGAUGUAAGAUUAUUUGAAUCCGUCAGUAAAUAACGAAUUAAUUGUCUUUUGAUUAUGCCUGAGUGAAAAAAUGUAUUUUUUGGUAGGCGGCAUGUUUAGACAAAUAUACGCACAGACACACAUGCAUGUCUCCCGUUAGAUAGAUCGAUGCCUAUGUAAGCCGGUUCAGUUGCAAAUAAACCAUCGCUGUGAUCAUA